GCAUGGAGGCGGAUUUGCAUGACAGUGGGGUCUUGCCCGAUGGUGUGACGCCCGAGGAAGAUAAACGACGACGGAACACCGCUGCCUCGGCCCGAUUCAGGAUGAAGAAGAAGGAGCGAGAGCAGGCGCUCGAGAGGCACGCCAAGGAUUUGGAGGACCGUUUGAACAAGAUGGAACGUGACAUGGACGGGUUGAGAAAGGAGAACGGCUGGUUGAAGGCACUCUUGAUCAACGGGGCGCCUCAACCGUUUUCAUCCCCCUCGGCUUCGUCCGAAGAGGGCAAGAUCGAAGCUGCUCAGGGUCACGCUCAGUCGGUCGAGUGAACGUCGUCGCCGUCGAUCUCGAAUCGUCCUGCGAAAACGAAAUCUCGCCGUAACAAAGGUUUUGCUCGUAUCAGUAUGCACCAACUGCAUACCACGUUGUAUGAAUAAAGGGGAGGGGAAAGGGAGCGAUGCGUGAAAGGAAGGGCGCGUGUGUCUGAUAGUACCCAAGAAGAAGGAAAAGAAGAAAAAGGUUGUUCAACAGCUGCCUCAGCUGCGUCGCUUGGCUUUUUGUAUAUAGGUUCUCGUAUUCGCUUGUCUUUUUCCCGUUGUAGUCGGUCGUUACCCCCGCCCGGGCCUCCCGGUCGCCGCAUGACCGUGGGGGUUCCGAGGCGGUUCGAUCACUCCGGACAGAGAUGGAGGGGAAGGGGAACUUCUUGUUAUUCGCUCCGAAUCCGUAUAUCCAUGGAUUGAUCCCGC